GGCACGGAAAAAAAUCACUUGAGUUUAGUAUAGAACGCCCCCCUUCCAUUGGAUACACAAGAUGGAAACCACAGCACCAGCCACCAGUGCCGCCGCGGCGAGCACUCCUGCUGCAGAUGCCCUGCCGAACGAAACGCUGUAUGUACGUAACCUAGACGACAAGAUCAAGGAACCUCGCAUGAGGGAAAGCCUGUACGGUUUGUUUUCCGCCCACGGGAAGGUAUUGCAAGUUUUGUUGAUGAAAGCGCACCGGUUGCGCGGCCAAGCGUGGGUCACAUUCGAAGACGUCGCGGCAUCCAGCACAGCGCUUCGAGCUCUGGAUGGAACGCCUCAUUUUGGCAAGAUCAUGAAUGUGCAGUUCGCAAAGGAGAAAAACGACUUGAUCCGAGCGCAACAGGAACCCAACGCGAAGCCGCGGGAAAAGCGAAAGUGGGAACAACACGUGAAGGAGGCGAAGGCGAGCAAAAAGGCAGACAAGCCUUCUCAACCCAAGGCACAGCAACAGCACCACCAGCAGUCCCAGACUGUCGUGCUGCCGCACAAGAUCUUGUUUUUGCAGGACGUCCCCGAAGCGUGCAACCAAGAUGCCCUCAGUAUCCUCUUCAAGCAGUACCACGGGUUCAAGGAGGUCCGUCUUGUGCCUGGGAAGAAAGGACUGGCGUUCGUCGAGUUUUUGGACGAAGUCCAGGCGUCCAUUGCGCUGCAGGGCCUGAACGGGUUCAAGCUCAGCGCGGAGGACCGACUCAAAAUCAGCUUUGCCAAAAAGUAACCCACGUCCUCAAUGCAGUUGUUCUUAUCCUUUCAAUAUG